AUGUUCCCCAGUUGGUCCAUCUUCCAGUAUGGCUACACUAGCCUCGAGUUCACGGAUGAAAACAAUGCAGUUUGUGGGGAAACUAUUCGGUCAAAAGGCUAUUCUGGCCACGUAAAGUAUCAGUGCCCGAGAAACCGUCAGCUAUUACUCGUGGAAAUUGCAACAAAGCAGUUCCUCAGGAUCAUGAGUGUGCCGAAGGGAAAGAAUUCAGCCUUUGAUUUGGCUUUCUGCUGCAACGGCGGAAACCCGUCAAUCAAGCCAAUAAGGCUACGAAAGGAGAGAUUCCUCAAGAGCCACGGGUAA